UCCGCGACGGACUGCUGCUGUCUGUGAUCUUGGAGGGUUAAACACGUUAAGCGAUUUGUGUUCGUUCAAAACGUAAAGAAUGGUCGCAAAGAAUGUAACCUCAUGUAACCAAAUUCAGCAUAUCACCACUGCACGAAAUCGGAGCAUCGGAGAACGAGGAUUCACCCCGAGAUUAGCCGUGGAGGAAGACAGUGGACGCGUGUGGAUGUGUUGACAUGCUUAAGAUUUUACGAGUCAGCUAUUUCACUUCAUGCUAUGACAUGUUGAGGAGCAGGAGGGGAGGAGAUGAAGGACCAGAAAAACCGGUAAGCAGCUGGGACCCAGAGAGAGUAUGCGAAAGGAGGAGGAGAUUUCAGCCCGGACAGAAAAACCAUAAGACCUGUGAGGAGGAAGAAAGGAGCAACAAAAAGACAUGAAGAGUAAGGAGAAAAACAUUUGAGGUGAAAUUCAGAUUUUCAUGGAGAAAACAUAAAGGGAAAAGAAGAUACAGUAUUUGUCAAGGCAAUUUCUAACUAGUAGCAUUACUUUUUUUAAUGACAUUGCAAAAUACAAACACACCUGCAGUCAACAGUCAUCUAAGGACACUCUCUCUGAUUCUCAAUUUUAAUUCACGUAAACUUUCAAUACCAAACAUUUGCAUGCAGCACAACUGCCAUCUGCCUUUUCUAACUGCAGUGCAGGCAUUGGAGAUCCCAAGAGUAUCUGCUGCACUUGUUCUAUGUAGGACUAUGGAAGAAGGUGCAUCCUCAUGGUUUGUCAAAUUUUGUCUCCAGAGUGCCAGGUGAGGGGCAUGUUACCCAGCUUGUUACAAGGCCGGCGGUUCUACUGCCGUGAAUGGGCCCUCGAGAAGCUUCAAAAAUGUCUAGAGGCACGAGAUGCCACCAAGGGAGUGGAGGGAACGGUUCAUGCCUCUCCAGGGGUGCUAGUGACAGGGGGCCCUGGAACCGGUAAGACGGCCCUCUGCACAGAGCUGGUUUGGCCCCAGUCAGAAGCAUGCAGGGCAGCAGACUUGGCAUCACGGUGUCUGGCCUGGCACUAUUGCCAGCGGGAAGAUGCAAGCAGUAUUGAGGUGUGGAGAUUUGUACUGGGGCUAGUUGAACAGCUGAAGGAGAGCCCACUUCUCGGACCAAAUUAUGUAAAAGUGAUAAGCAGUCCUGCCAUUGCUGCUGUCCUGGAGCCCCUUUACUGCCAAAGAGCACCUGAUGACACUUUUAAAAGGGCAGUAUUAGAGCCUCUCUUGUCCUUGAAAACACCACUUCACAGUGUGUUUAUAGUGGUGGAUUCAGUGGACUUGGGGUGUUGUGGAGGUGAUGGGGAUGAAGAGGGGUUGACAUCAGGUGCUGCAACAACUCAGAGUUCCUCUAUUGUUGAGCUUCUGCUGAAACACAUACAGCUCCUGCCCCACUGGAUCUUCCUGGUCUGCUCUGCACGCCGUCAGAGCAAAACAAUUUGUAAGAUGUUCUCAGGUUUUCGGAAGUUGUGUCUGGAUGACUUAAGGAAACCUGCGACUGUACGAGAUGUACAGCAAUAUAUCCUGAGGAGACUUGACCAGGAUGGGGCUCUAAGAAGACAGCUUACACCAGAGACUGCUGAAAUGCUAAAUCUUUUGCACAUCAAAAGUGGUGGCUGCUUCUUGUUUCUUGAACGGGUACUAGAUGGUGUUGCUCAAGGUCUAGUAGGACUUAGAGAAAUUCGGGACAUUCCGGGCACAUUGAAUGGCCUUUACCUUUGGCUCUGUCAACGACUCUUUCCUCGAAGACUGUUUGGUUAUAUCAGGCCUUUAUUGAAUAUCCUUUUGGCAUCUCCAAAACUUUUAACAGCUGAUGAGCUCUACACUAUUGCCAAAAGCCGUGAUUUCUACCUUUGGCUCGGAGACUUUAAGUCACAGAUGGCAGCUCUGGCUCCUCUGUUUGUAGAUGGCCCUGGGGGCAGUAAACUCCUCUUUCACAGUAGCUUUGCAGAAUGGUUAUCUGAUGUUAAAUACUGUACACAAAAGUUUCUGUGUUGUGUGAAGGAUGGACACCUUUCUUUGGCCAUGGCCCUCUCUUUUCGAGCCAGUAGUUUAGGUACAGAAGAGACAUGCCAGCUGGCCCACCACCUCAUCAACAGCAGAGUCCAUAUAGGGGAACCAGCACUUUUGGCAUUGUGGUUACUAUGGACUGGGGUUCCAGCUCUAAGUAUUGUCACAAAUUACUGUUCUGCUAAUGUGCCAACACCACCUCAUACUUCUCAAACACCUGUAUUGGUUCAGCAAGAUGUAUUACAGCUCUUAAUGAAAAGUGGAAUUUACUCUGCAACCAGUUCUCCAAACAAGAGUUCUAGUGUGCAUGUUCACUGUGUCGGGGGAGGAGGCAGGAUUGUUCAGCAGGUAUUGCAAAGGGUGGACUCCGUGAAAGCACUUCUUGACAGUGGUGUUAGUGUAAACCAUACAGAUCCAUCAGAUGGACGGACUUUAUUAGCAGCUGCAGCUCAUGCUGGACUUGCAGAUGUAGCUGCAUUACUGUUAGGCCGUGGGGCAGACUCUUUGCUGAAAGACACCCAGGGACAGACAGCUCUAACACUUGCUGCCAGACAAGGUCAUGUGAAUGUACUGCAGGUUUUGCUGGACUGGGUCCAGGAGCAAGGGAGUAAAAGUCCUGUUGCUCAAGCCCUGCUGGAGCAUUCAGACAAUGAAGGAUGGACCGCAUUGCGCUCUGCUUCAUGGGGUGGACACAAGGAAGCUGUGAGACUGCUUCUGGAAGCAGGGGCAGAGGUAGAUGGCUGUGAUUCAGAUUGCCGGACAGCCUUGCGAGCAGCUGCUUGGGGUGGUCAUGAGGAAAUCCUAUUAACCCUUCUUCAUCAUGGAGCUGAGGUAGACUGUUCAGACAGUGAAGGCCGUACUCCACUAAUAGCUGCAGCCUACAUGGGUCACAAAGAGGCAGUGGAGAUCCUGCUGGAUGCUGGUGCUGAUGUUAAUUUUGCAGAUGGGGAUGGCAGGACUGCACUCUCUGUUGCUGCCUUAUGUGUGCCAUCAGCAACUGGAGGACGAGGACAUGGAGAGGUUGUUAGCCUUCUGCUGGAGAGAAAUGCUAAUCUAGAACAUAAGGACAGAGAUGGAAUGACCCCUUUACUACUGGCCGCGUACGAAGGGCAUGAGGAAGUGGUGGAACUUCUCUUGGAAGCUGGUGCUGAUGUGGAUGAAAGCUCUGGAGCUCAUCCCUCUGCUAUCACCCCUCUUCUUGCAGCUGCAGCUAUGGGGCAUGCUUGCACAGUCAACCGUUUGCUAUUCUGGGGGGCAGCAGUGGAUGGCAUAGAUGGAGAAGGCCGCACUGCUCUCUGCUUGGCUGCUGCAAGGGGUAGUGUUGAAGUUGUAAGAGCACUGUUGGACCGGGGUUUGGAUGAGAAUCACAAAGAUGACCUGGGCUGGACACCAUUGCAUGCUGCAGCUUGUGAGGGCCACAAAAGUGUGUGUGCAAUAUUGACAGAGCACAGUAGCAUGGCACGUGUAGGUGAGCUUGAUGUAGAAGGUCGGAGCCCUCUAAUUCUGGCAGCACAAGAAGGGCAUUGCAGCACUGUGAGGCUCCUUCUGGACCGCAAGUCGCACAUCGAUCAUCGUGCAUAUGAUGGACACUCUGCGAUCAGUGCAGCUGCUUUGCUGGGACUUAGGGAGAUUGUAGAGCUACUGAUACGUAGAGGGGCUAACACUGAUGUCCGAGAUGCUGAAGGAAGACCUCUUCUUUAUUUGCUAGUUCUGGAGGGCCAUUUAGAUAUGGCAGCCCUGCUCAUAGAAAAAGGUGGAGUCCCUUUAGGGUCAAGAGAUGUAGAAGGACGAACUGCCCUCCAUGUAGCAGCUUGGCAAGGAGACCUGGAGGGUAUUGAGCUGUUGUUGAAAUAUGGAGCUGACGUAAAUGCACAAGAUCUUGAUGGUCGUACACCUUUGCACUCUGUGGCAUGGAGGGGCCAUGCCGCUGCUGGCAGGCUGCUCCUUAGGUCUAAGGGUCUUGAUGUCAACCUGGCCUGCAAACAACAGGGUGCCACAGCACUUAGCAUUGCUGCUCAGGAGGGGCAUGCUGAAAUUGUAGCCAUGCUUUUAGAGAGAGGUGCGGAACCAGACAAUGUGGACUGUUAUGGUCGCAGCCCAGUAAAAGUAGCAGGAAAACAAGGUCAUUUUACUAUUGUGCGACUUCUGGAGAGCUAUGGAGCAAAGCCCUUUACAGGCCUCACACCAUUCUCACGCAGUUGUGCUCCCAACACUUUUUACCCUUCAUCAACAGUAAAAACCCAGGUGUCACUCAGCUCAAGAGAGAUGGGUGUCAAUGGAUUGCUACCUACUUCUUCGUCCUCAACCUCUGUUUCUGCCUCCUGUUCCCCUGCUUCCACAGCAGAGCAUUUCCACUCCAUGCCUGCCUCACAGACCUCGUCCUCCACAUGCCACUCCCUUGCCACAGCACAGACUGUACCUGCAGACAGCCUAAAUUUCAUCCAGCAGAUACAGCAACAUUCACUUCCUCGUUCCCGUAGUCGGCCUUCCACCUUGCCUCACGCUGGCUCUAAUCCUGCUAGUCUUCAGGGCAGAGCUUCAAGGCAUAAACAAAAGGCUUCACCCAAGGGCAGUCCCACACACAAACAGUGCAUCUUUAAUGAACUGCUGGUCUCAGACAAACCCUUAAAAGAACUUGGAUCAUCAGGGGAUGGUGACUGCCUCUUAGAACCUAAAACUCAUUACAUCAUAGAAAAUGUGAUGGAAAAGAGCCUCAAACACGCUGGAGGAGUAGACCUAAAAUGGAACUCAGUUAUGGCUUCCUUAGGAGUAAUGCCGAACCAAGAGGGCCCAAUUAGACAGACAAAAAAUAGGGAAAGCCCCCCUUUGGGGUAUCCACCUCUUCAUCUUCAAUCUCAUGCACAAAUAGAUAAUUGGGGGAGCAUUCAAAAGACAUCCACAUCUCCAACCACUGACCUUUCAUCUAUUUCCUCAGUUAGUGCCUUACCUGAUAAAACUGUGUUUAACAUGACAACUGACCCCCAGCUGAAUCUCAAACAGGCAAUUAAGCUGCAGUUUGAAGGGCCAACCAGUGCAGCACUUUACAAGCGAGAAACACCUCUCUGAGGUGAGACAUUAACUGAAGUGUCUGAUAUAGAAGACCAUUUGUUAUUUUUCAUGGAUAUUUAAAGUAUUUUAAUGUUUUUAUAAUUCACAUAUUUGGAUGUAUAGUAUGCAUAUAUGUUGCCUUUCAGGGAGUUGUCAGAUAUGCCAGAUGGAAGUGAAGUACAAUGUGCUUUGAGCUGCAGUCUUUAUGUUCUGCUCUUGGAAUGUCAGGAAUGCUAAUGACAACUUUGUCUGUUGUUGGAAAAUCUGAACAUUUAGGACUUCAAAGAGGUGAUGGUUGUAUGGGCAGUCACUGCACUGUGUGUGGGAAUUCUUGAGAGUAGAGUUGGAUGGCAAAUGAGAGUCAUAACACACUGACUUCCACCUCUCUCUAACCCAUUGACCCCAAAGCACAAAAGAAGGAGAGGAGAGACAGAGAGAGCCUGGAGGAACCUGAAUUCAAAAGAUCAAGCUGUGUACAUUCCAAAGCUUUUUCUCUUUAUCCCAUCAUAACAGAGAGCAGCUGUCACUCUCUCAUAGUCACACAUACAAUAACAGGAAAAUAUAUUUACUUUAAGAGGGACACUUGUGAAUAUGUCCUCUGUUGUAAUUGUGCAUUUGCAAAAGUCGCCAUACUUGUACCCCAGGGGUUUUCAAUUAAAGACAUUACUAAAUUGUUAUAGACAGUACAGAUAUUUCUUUUUGCAGUGUCAUUCACACACAAUGUGGUUCAAAAGUGCCAGGUAAUGAUAGAAAUUGCACUUUCAUUUUAUAUUGACGAAAAAUAAGAGCUAAUAAGAAUGAGGCCAACAUGUUAACACCUUUAUGGUAAAAUAUGUACAGAAGUACCCAGGAUCGGACUUGCUGGGCAAUAAGGGCUUCUUCAAAAGAACACCCAUGGAUACCACUACAAAAUGUUAACUGUUGCUUUGUGGCUUUGUUUGCCAGAUGUUAUUUGAUGACUUGAUCAGUAAUGUUUGUGUCUUUUAAAGAUGUGCAAAAUUUGAUGGACUGUUUGAUUUUUGGAUCUGCAUAUAUGUUACUACUUUUUUUUUACAUCUGUUCCAUCAUCUGUUGCUGAAUUGUGCUGUUCUGUAUGUUGACAUUGUAAUGGUUUCUUUUUCCAUUGUGGUGCUGUGAAAUUAGGAUUAGACUGAAAACAAUUGAGAUGUGACCAAUCGUGCGUUGCCAUGUCACUAAAGCUGUUUUAUCCAGCAUGGUUCUUCUGAGUACUGUUAGCUAACUGUGUUGACAAAUCCAUGCAUGGAACAGUUUAUCAAGCUGUACCAAACCGCAUUCUGAUGGAAAUGCUACUGAUGCCUUUACCAUGAUCUGCAUCAUUUGCCCUGAUGAAAUGAAUCUUAAAUUUACCAGGAGCUUGAGUUUUUCAUUCACACAUACUGUUUUGUCAACAGUGAAUCAUUUACCUAUCAGCCAGGCAGAUGUAAGAUUUUAAAUUGCCAGUUGGGGCAAUGGGAUGAAGAGAGUAAGUUACUGUUUGAGAAGCAAAAGACAAAAAGGUAUUGAGAAAGGAAGGUAUGUGUGAUCUCAUGCUUAUUAGAGGACAAGUAGUGUUGAGUGGAAGGAUAAAAACUGUGGUCACAAAAACCUUCUAGGAAACAAGAUGGGAGAGAGUGAUGUGAAUUUAACACUUCACCAUAGGUAAUAUAUCAUGUUUAUACUAUUUUGUAUGUUACAUUUUAUUAAGAUGCACUAAUUAAAACAAUGUUUAUGAUUAAACU